GGUGCAUUUGCUGUGUUAAUAAUACUUCUCACACUAUAUGUUACAUUUUUCAUAUUCAAAACAAGCGUCAUCGCUUUAAAUUGCUCAAAACGAAAAAAAAUCGUUCUGUUGAUCAUGUAUACAUACUAUCACUACUGUCUCUGAUUCGCAAAGACAUUACAUAUAGAAAAAUUAUUAAUCAUAGUUAGCGAAAACGUUGACACAAGAACGGGAUACAAUCUAGCUUAAACUAUUUUUCUAUUAGUUGUUCAACUAAUCAAUUUGUAGUCCAUUUCUUUAUUUAUGUAAUCUGCCGUUGCUUUAUUUCAACCAAAGACGUGAAAAAAUGGAAAUGAUGAAUUAUCAAAGUAUCAAUGCUGGCUAUCAAGAAGAAGGGCUGCCGCAGUACCAGGAAGAUGAAGGUCCUGACGCACCUCCGUCUUACAACUCAAUUUUUGGGGAGUCGGGCGAGGACAAGGUUUCAUUCGUCAGGAAAGUAAUCAUAAUUCUUAUGGAAACAAUUAUUCUCACAGUGUCUGUGGUACUGUUGCUGUCCAUCCCAAUCACUAUGAUUGUCAUUGGAGCAAUUAAACUUGACGACUGUCCCGUAGAGAAGUUCAUCCCGAAGUGGCUCCUGAUUACCGGUUGUUUCUGUCUUCCCCAUAAUCUUCACUAUUUGGGACGGCAGCUGUACAACAAAACGAAUAACCAAGACGGCAAGAAUGCGAUCAAAAACACACUUAAGUGGAUUUUAUAUCUCUUCUUCUUCGCAUGGUUCAUUGCAGGAAGUGUCUGGGUGUUCCGAACAUGUAGUGAUGUGUCAUAUACAGAAGGUUCCGAGCAUUAUUGCGACCCUCUGGUGUUUGCGUUUUCGUUCUGGACUCUAAUGAUCGCCUCAUUAUGCCUGGGCAUGGGCUGUAUCUAUUACUACUGGCCACUAAGUUUAGUCCUAAGAAGAAGAGCCGCUGAUUCCUAAAAUUACCAAGAAAUAGAUACCAAACUGUAAAUAAGACUUCUAAUUUGGACUUGAAAAUAUUUUUUGACGGAAGAACAAGGGACUAUUCAAGACUUAAUUUGUCUACUACAAAAAUUCUCACUCCUCAUACCUGAAAUUGCCUGGAUGUUUUCAUAAUUAGAAUUAAAAUCUACUUCACGAGAAUGUAAAUUAAUACUUGUUUUUA